AAGUCGCUUAUUGGGGUUCUGAUGAAGGGUCCGCGUCCAGUACGUGUGACUCUUUGUGUUCUCCUGAAACGCCCAUUCUCCAGACACGCCUCAGUCUCCUGGCUUGCAGCCACUUAGAGUUCAGUUUGGGAAGAGGCAGCGGCUGUUAGUAGGUGUGGACUGUCAGUCAAACCGACCCGCCCCAACGCGUCUCACACUGGAGGCGCACAGUUCUCAACUGCUCCAACAGCUGUGGAGUGGCUCUUCUGUGACUUCCCGCAAGCAACAUCCAGCGAUAAACGGCCAAAAUGUAAAGGACAAGCAACAUUACACCACUUUCUCAAAGUAGGUGUUGAAUUGAGGGGCAGCUCGGUCAUAAAACGAUGCGUAAAGUUGCUGUUGCGCAGCAGGGGCUGUGGAGCCAAAGAGGAGCGUAAAUAUUCUGCUGGGGGAUCAAAGGUUUUCCUGGAUGCAAUGGACUUGUCAGCAAAGCAAGCCUCUGGGUGUCGUGAAAACCUGAUGCUGUGAGAGAGAGAGAGAAAAAAAUAUUUUUGCUACGACUUGAAAAAGUUCGUGUGUUUUUGUAUUUUUUUUUGUUGUUUUUUUUGUUUCAAUUCUAGAGUUUGGCGAAGUGCGCAGCAGGAGAACAGAUGCUGGACAGUGACUAAGGUGCGCAAGAAAUAAAAACAAGCACAUCAUCGCGCAACUACUAUUUUCCGUCUCUGUCAACAGCUUGAUGAUAUGUUAGACUUCAGUCCGCGCGGGUAAUUUCUCCAGAAAGUUGGACGCAGCUGAUGCCACUGACCCGACAGCAGCCAGUGGAAACUCGUGUUGUUUACACUCUUCUGUCUCCGUCUGCGUAACAUGGACGAGAGUGUUGAGUCUGCUGCGGCCGAAAGCUGCUCUGACGGGGAGAGCGUCAGCCUCAGCGUGCUCAACUGGGAGCAAGUGCAGCGUCUGGACACCAUCCUCACCGGCUCCAUCCCCAUCCACGGCCGCUGGAGCUUCCCCACCCUGGAGGUGAAGCCACGCGAUAUCGUCAAGGUGGUCCGGAGCCGCAUGGAGGAGAAGCGGAUACAUGUCCGGGAGGUGCGCCUGAACGGCUCCGCGGCCAGCUACGUCCUGCACGAGGACAGCGGCCUUGGCUGGAAAGAUCUGGACUUAAUAUUCUGCGCCGAGAUGAAAGGAGAGAUGGAGUUUCAGAUAGUGAAAGACAUAGUUCUGGACUCUCUUCUAGACUUUCUGCCCGAGGGCGUGAAUAAAGAAAAGAUCACACCAGUGACUUUAAAGGAGGCCUAUGUGCAGAAGAUGGUGAAGGUGUGUAACGACUCCGACCGCUGGAGUCUCAUCUCCCUCUCCAACAACCGUGGCAAAAAUGUGGAGCUGAAGUUCGUGGACUCGCUUCGACGGCAGUUUGAGUUCAGCGUGGACUCCUUCCAGAUCCGCCUGGACUCGCUUCUGCUCUUCUACGAGUGUUCGGAACACCCCAUGGCUGCCACCUUUCACCCCACAAUCCUCGGCGAGAGUGUCUACGGCGACUUCCCCACGGCCCUCGACCACCUGCGGAAGCGUCUCAUCUGCACACGGAGUCCCGAGGAGAUCCGGGGCGGGGGCUUGCUGAAGUACUGUCACCUCCUGGUGCGGGGUUUCCGCGCGGCUUCAGAGGCCGAGAUGAAGCUGCUGCAGCGCUACAUGUGCUCGCGCUUCUUUAUAGAUUUCCCUGAUGUGAGCGAGCAGAGGAGGAAGCUGGAGUCCUAUCUGCAGAACCACUUUGUUGAUCUGGAGGACAGGAAGUACGACUAUCUGGCCACGCUGUACGACGUGGUGCAGGAGAGCACGGUGUGCCUGAUGGGCCACGAGAGGCGUCAGACUCUCAGCCUCAUCUCGUCACUGGCACUGCGAGUCUUGGCGGAACAGAACGCCAUUCCCAACGCUGCCAAUGUCACCUGCUUCUACCAGCCGGCCCCUUAUGUUGCAGACUGCAACUUUAGCAACUAUUAUGUAGCACAGGUUCAACCUGUUUACGCCUGUCUUCCCUCGCCUCCUCAUCAGUAUCUAACUUCCCUACAACAUCCCAUCUAUGGCACCUGGUUGCCCUGUAACUAAACCCUGUGAGCAUCCUUGCACUUUUGGGUAACGAGUGGAAAACACGGCCAAUUAAAAAGGAUAAAAGGUGAUAUCUUUAUCGCUUCUGUGAGAUUGUAAAUGUAGGGAAAUGAGAAAGAAAAUACUGACAUUAAAGUGCAGAUGAGAGAAGAGAAUAAAAGAAAGAAGGGAAACGAGGACAAGGAACCUGGAUCAAGGCAGUGAGCCAGAGUAAGGAUGUUCCUUGGUGUAGAGUGCUCCGGCAUGGUGCAGCUAAGCACACAGAAACUGAUGCCAACGAGAGAGGCUGAUCAUCCAUUUUAUGGUUCCCUCCCGAGGGCUCAUGAUCAGUUUGGUAAAGCAAACAACAAGGACGCGUUACCAAGCUCAGCCUCAGAAUCAUGAACAUCAUGAUAGGUUACGCUGCACAGGAACUCAAACACACGAGAAAACCCAUCAACCAAAACACACACGACCACGGAGAGACACAGACGCACAUGAUGCCAUUAAGACUCUGAACAUGAUGCAAUGAAGACAUUGAUUCAUGAUCAAACAACAGCAACUCUCUGACCUUUCGUAUGUGCUCUGUUGUUCGUGCGUGGGUGGUUGGAAGGAGGAGGAGGAGGAGGAGGAGGAGGGCCACAGAAAAAGAGGAACUGGAUAAUGUUUACAAAUCCAAAGAUCUACUUUGAUACUCAAGUUUAUGUGAACUCUGGGGGGGAAAAAAAAAAAAAAAAGAAAAAUGACAACAAAACAAUGCAUGCUUUAUUUCUGUACAGGAAUAACUUACUCUAAGUGCCUAGAUGAAGCCUAAAGGGAAGAAGAUGUGUUUGUGAUGGUGGAGUUAACUUGAGUUGAACAAUCACGCUGUCACACUGAUACCUGAUAACGACCCCUGAUAACUGAAAAUGAAUGAACUGAUGAUCAGAAAGUUUCCCAAUGCUGAGUAAGGUCUCUUACACUGAGGAAAGGUAUAGGACCAGUUUUUGUAAAUGUUUAGUUGAAGCCUGCUCUAAUCUGUUGUCCUGUUGGACUAAUACACAUCCUGAUUACCAAAGAGGAAAUAACAACAUAAUCUCAUCAUUUGUAGAAGGGGGGAGGGGGGGAGGGGUUUGGUGGACGUGGUUGGAUAAAGAAAAUGCUUACUACGGUCAAAUACUUUAGAUGUCUUUAAAGUGCACAGCCUGAUGAUCUUCUCUGCAGCCUCAUCACUAAAAAUUAAACGAACAACGCAACGAUUCACCGCAGAGACUCAAUCAGUCACUCAAAUCUUUUUUUUAUGUUUUUAACGGGUGGUGAAAUGCUGUUAUUUCUACAACGUGUACAUUGCAAUGCUCACAUGCUGCAUGCUGAAACGUUCAAUUAGACGUGCGCAUGGGAGUAAAUGGGUUUUAAUUUUACAACUCAUGCAGUCGUCGUAAAAAAAAACAAAAAAAAACACGAGGUGGCCGCUGGAGCUUUCCAAAGUAUUGUUGACCGUCGGCGUUACCCGAGGCUUAACGACACCUUUAAAGUGCACUCCCGUGCUCAUAAAACAGUUCUGAACAUCUUAGAUCUCUGUCUGCAGAGUUCUUUAUUGUGCAUCUGCAGAUUUGAGAUGAUCAACGUGGAUCCAAUGUGGCAAAUAAAUCACCCGCUCUUUGGGUUGCGGUGCACGCGCACGACAAAUUGAAUAAUCAGAGCGUUGCUCCACAGCACUACUAUUGUUCCCUUCAUAAUCGUCCAUUAGAUCUGCAAUGUGUUUGGAAUACAUUUCGCCGCGGCGAUGACAACAGGGAGUUCAAAAAUGACAGUGAAGAGUUGGAAACGCAAUUAAAUCAAAUCGCUUUUCCACAUUUUGUGUGCACCGUGAAGGAAAACGCAGAGAAGCUUCAGGAUAUGCAUCUCCUGCAUUAGCAUUAGCUGUGCUACAGCUGUGUGUUUGCCAGAGGGGUGGAGGGUGCAUUGUGUGUGCAGGGGUGUUGCAGCAGUGUACAAGCAUUAUAAUGUCACAUUACGACACAGCACAAACUCAAAAAGAAUGGAGCCAGAGAGCCUUCAAAGGUGGUCAGUAUACAGUAUUUAAUCCUGACAUUUAUGGGGGCUGGGGGGGAACGUCGCAAUUUAGUGAGCUUGGAAAUUUGGCUGCACGAGCGGCCCGAUUUUCCUUGUUUAUCUCUUCUUAGCAUGAAAAGAAAUGAACCACAUGCUGAGGAAAUGACAAUAAAAGAGCACACGAAGGAGACAAUCACAUUUCUACUUAAAUGGAAAUAAGUUUCUCAGCUGUACAAGGGCAAGAAACUCGGCACAUGCUCUCAAACAUGUUGUCAGAGCUCCUCUUUUUCUAUAAAUCUCUAUUUUUGUACAGCUUAUGUCUGCCUGGUGUAGCAGGCAGAUUCAAAGCUGUGUCCAUAAGUCAAUAAGUCAGUUUUUUGUUGUUGUUGUUGUUGUUGUUUUGUGGUGUGGGGGCGAACGUGUGUUUUGAUUUGGCUGAUAAGAGCAGUGCAGGUGGGCAUACAGUGAUUUGACUUUUGGAUAUGGAUUUGUGUUGCACCAAAGAGAUUGUGUCACUGUUUUUACACGUGUUUUUAAAACUGCCAUGCUGUUUGAACAUGAAAAUGAUGGUGUGAUUAUUGUGUUCCAAGUGUGUUGACUUGAUAAUUAAAAACAAAACAAAAAAAGGACCAUCAAACAAGA